AUGAGCUGGUGGUGGGCCGGAGCCGUCGGUGCUCACAAGAAAAGACUAGACGGAGAAGAUGCGGGGCCGAGAACGCCAGUGAGCGUGGGGCUAGUGAUCGGCGUGACAGGAAUAGUAGGCAACAGCCUCGCCGAGAUCCUUCCUCUUCCCGACACCCCCGGCGGUCCAUGGAAGGUCUACGGCGUCGCUCGCCGCCCCCGCCCCAACUGGAACGCCGAUCACCCCGUCGACUACGUCCAGUGCGACGUCUCCAAACCCAACGACGUCAAGGCCAAGCUCGCGCCUCUGACUGACGUCACUCACAUCUUCUACGUGACAUGGACCAGCAAAGCCACCGAGUCCGAGAACUGCGAGGCCAACGCCGCCAUGCUGCGCAACGUCCUCAACGCCAUGAUUCCUAACGCCCCGAAUCUGAAGCACAUUUGCCUCCAGACCGGAGGCAACCACUAUCUCGGGCCGUUUGAUACGUGGGGGAAGAUCCAGCCGCACGACUCGCCGUUCAAGGAGGAUAUGCCCCGGUUGAACGUCCAGAAUUUCUACUACACCAUGGAAGAUCUCAUGUUCAAAGAGGUGGAGAAGAAAGAGGGGAUGUCGUGGUCGGUGCACCGGCCGGAUACCAUUUUGUGGUUUUCGCCUCAUAGCAUGAUUAACAUUCUGGCAAGUUUGUGUGUGUAUGCUGCUAUAUGCAAACAUGAGGGCAUGCCGCUGAGAUUUCCAGGGACCAAAGGGGCGUGGAAUUGCUUGUCAACGGCUUCGGAUGCGGAUCUGAUAGCGGAGCAGCAGAUAUGGGCUGCGGUGGAUCCUUACGCAAGAAAUCAAGCCUUCAAUAUCAACAAUGGGGAUGUUUUCAAGUGGAAGCAUUUGUGGAAGGUGUUGGCUGAGAAUUUCGGGAUAGAGGAAUGCGGGUUUCAGGAAAAGGGGGAGAGGGUGAGCUUGAGGGAGAUGAUGAAGGGGAAGAGUGGAGUGUGGAACGAGAUAGUGAAGAAGCAUCAGCUGGUGCCGACCAAGCUGGAGCAGGUUGGAGUGUGGUGGUUUGUGGAUGCUAUCUUUAGUGGGGAGUGUAUGUUUGGUUGUAUGAACAAGAGUAAAGAACAUGGGUUUGUGGGGUUCAGGAACUCCAGGAAUUCCUUGGUUACUUGGAUUGACAAAAUGAAAGCUUACAAGAUUGUGCCCUAG